AUGAGCUUGAAGACAUUACUGAGCGUCGCGGCGCUGUCACUCGGGUUGAUGACACAUGCGGCCAGCCAUGAUGUCCUCAAUUUCGUGAAUCCAUUGAUUGGCACCGUCAACGGGGGCCAUGUAUUCCCCGGCGCGACGCUGCCUUUUGGCAUGGCCAAGGCCGUUGCGGACACAAAUGGCGCCGAGCUCCAAGGAGGCUUCGCCUCAGAUAGCUCAGAUAUCGUUGGAUUCUCACACAUGCAUGAUAGCGACCUGUCUAACUCACGCAGUAUGGCAAACAUAUCGGUCGAUGAUCGUACCGGCCGCAUUACCGGCAGCGGCACUUUCAAGCCCUCGUUCGGCAUUGGAACGUACACGCUGCACUUUUGCGCCGACUUUCAAGGCGCGGAGAUCAAGCAGACAGGUGUCUUCCAAAACACCCGCGCAGGCACGCAACCAAAGAGCCUCAAGACUCAGACAGACGGCAGCAGCUCGCCGCCGGUUCCUGCCGGCGCGUUUGUCCAGUUCAAAAAACCGGGGAAGCACAACCAAAUUGCAGCGCGAGUCGGCCUGUCGUUCAUAAAUCCCCAGCAGGCCUGCAGGAACUCCGAAAGGGAGAUUGGCGACUUCAACUUCGAUUAUACUCGCCAGAAGGCCCGCGAUGCUUGGGCAGACAAACUCAGCGCUGUUCAAGUGAGCACCAAGGGAGUCAGCAAAACUAUCCAGACUGUCUUUUGGUCCGGCAUGUAUCGAACAAUGAUUUCUCCUCAGGACUAUACGGGCGAGAACCCCCUCUGGAAGAGUAGCGAGCCCUACUACGACUCAUUCUACUGCAUCUGGGACUCGUAUCGGAGCAUCCACCCUCUACUCACAUUGCUUGACCCUGUCAGCCAGACGCUUAUGGUCCGUAGCCUUAUUGACAUAUACCGUCACGAAGGAAAGCUGCCGGAUUGCAGAAUGAGCCUGUGUAAAGGCUUUACACAGGGUGGCAGCAACGCUGACGUCGUUCUGGCGGAUGCAUAUGUCAAGAAUCUCCAUGAUGGCAUUGACUGGAAAACGGGAUACGAGGCUGUGGUAUCCGAUGCCGAAGAUGAGCCUCCUGUGUGGUCGGUCGAAGGUCGAGGAGGCCUUGCUAGUUGGAAGCAACUAGGUUACAUCCCAACAGACGAUUUUGAUCCAUUUGGUGUCGGGCCCUUCACGCGGUCUAUCUCCCGAACUGUGGAGUAUGCAUACAACGACUUUUGUGUGGCGGAAAUGGCACGGGGCCUGAAGAAGCAGGUCGAUGUCGAGAAAUACCGAAAGCGCGCAAAAAACUGGAUCAACAUGUUCAACAAGAACCAGAAGUCGACAGUCAAGGGCAAAACAUUCACUGGUUUCUUACAGCCUAGGUAUCUCAACGGCACCUAUGGUUUUCAGGACCCCUUGUUUUGCACUCCAAUGCUCAACUUCACAAGCUGCUACUUGAACAGCAAAGGACACGAGACAUAUGAAGGCAGCAGCUGGCUUUAUACUUUCUACGCGCCUCACGAUAUGAAUGCCUUGAUUGCCACCUUGGGCGGCCCAUCGGAAUUUGUUCAACGUCUGCAAUUCCUCCACGACACACCUGGUCUUCUUUACAUGGGCGACGAGCAAGCCUUCUUGAUGGUCUAUCUUUUUCACUACGCCGGACGCCCUGGAUUAAGCUCCUUCUACCAGCACUCUUAUAUCCCAUCACAGUUUAACGAUACCGUCGUUGGAAUCCCCGGCAAUGACGACUCCGGGGCUAUGGGCUCCUUUAGCACCCUUGCAAUGAUGGGUGUGUGGCCAAUCGCUGGACAGGAUGUCUAUCUCAUCAACCCCCCGUUCUUUCCCGAGGUUACGAUUAUCAAUCGCAUCACUAAGAAGAAGGCAACAAUACGCAACAUAAAUUUUGACGCAAACUACAAGAACAUUUACAUCCAGAGCGCAAAACUUGACGGCAAGCCAUAUACUCGAAACUGGAUAACCCAUGACUUCUUCUCUAACGGCGGUGUCCUGGAGUUGACACUCGGCAAAAGCGAGAGCAAGUGGGGAACAAGAGAUCAGGACCUGCCGCCGAGCAUGCGGAAGAACCACUAG